AAAAAAACAACCCCAACUUACAGUUCCUCUUCAAUCCACCACCGCUGCUGUUUCCUUCUUCGUCACCGUUAAAACACUUAAAUGAAGCCACCUCUCUAGCUUCCUUUCAUUCAAAAGUUUUUAAAUUCUGAUCACUCCAAUGAAAUUUGAGGAACUUCUGAUGCAGAGGGAAGAGCUCAAUCAGAAGAGACUGGAGCUGGAAGCUGAGGUGGCUCACUUGCAGGAAGUUCUUGAGAAUGAACAGAAACUGAAUACAGUUCUUCAUCGUGUGCUUCACGGGUCCAUUGUGUGUCAUUCAUGCCUUUCUUCUUCUUCUUCUUCGGUUUCUAGUCAGAUACAGAUUCUUAUUGGAGAAAUAGCAAAGGUGGAAGAAGAAAUUAUCUAUUUAGAGAGAAAAGUGGAUGAAAUAAAGCUAAAUCUGCAUCAAGAAAGGAAAUACAAGAAAGAAUGUCAGCAACUGCAGUGGGAACAAAAACUUCAAAGACAGCAGAGAAGAGAAGAAGGAAGCCAUGGACUCAUUGAACAAUCACCAAAUAUGGAAAUAAUUAAUCAAAUUCCAAUCAAUGAAAGGAAUACUUCGCUGCAGUUGGUUGCAGAAUCAAAGAGUUUGCAUUAUAAGAAGAUAUCUGAUAAUGAAGCUGAUGAAAAUACAGACAAGUUCCAACAACCAUACCAAAUCCAAGGAUUCAGAAAUGAAGAAACUUAUAGAGGAGCACCAAAUAAGCUAUCAGAGCAGCUAAUCAAAAUACUGGUCAGCAUUUUUAAGAAACUGAUUGUGCCUCAAGCUCAUCUAGAAUGUGAAGCUACCACAGCUCCAAAGCUCAAUAUAUCUUGCAUAAGAUCUAAAAGCUUUAUGCCCAAGCAUUUAACAAGUAGCAGAGCUCCUAUUAUCUUUCAAGGCACACAAAUACAAGAUCCUUACAGUAUAUUACCUGAUGGUGAUAUUGGACCUUAUAAGAAAUUCAUACAACUAACAAGAAGUACAUUGGAUCUUAAUCGGAUCGUCUUGUGUCUACCAGCCAUUGAAAAACUAAGGUUCUUAAUACAUAAGCUUACUGUAGUGGAGUUGCAUUUCUUGUCUUAUAAGCAAAGGCUACCAUUCUGGAUCAACAUCUAUAAUGCCAGCAUAAUGAAUGCAUUUCUUCAGCACGGUUGGCCAACCUCACCUGGAAAACUACUUAAACUACUGAACAAGGCUGCAUUUAAUGUUGGAGGCAUAGUGCUUAAUGCUCUUGCAAUUGAGCAUUUCAUUCUUCGGUGCUCUUCUGAUGUAAAAAAUGGAACUGUAGAUGAAAAAGAAGCAGAGCUUAGACAUACCUAUGGACUUGGUUACCCAGAACCAAACAUCACAUUUGCACUUUGCAGAGGCAGCUUCUCUUCACCUGCACUGAGAGUGUACACAGCAGACAAUGUGGUAAACGAGCUGGAAAGAGCCAAAGUAGAAUUUUUAGAAGCUUCCAUCUGCAUCACAAGCAAGAAGAAGAUAGUGAUUCCGAAGCUUCUGGAAUGGCACAUGCUUGAUUUUGCGGAUGAUAUAGAAUCGCUUAUAGAAUGGAUAUACAGCCAAUUGCCAAGAUCAACUUCGCUCAAAAGAUCAAUGAUGGAAUGGUUGAGCUCAGAUAAUAGAACUUCAUUGUCAAAAAUGGUAGAAAUUAAGCCUUAUAGUGCAGAGUUUCGUUAUUUAUUGUCAAAUUAUUGAAUAUUUGGUAAAUCACUUUACAUGUAAUGGUGAUGUAUUAAAAUAAAUUUAUUUAUUGAUUUUCAUAUGGAAUUUAAUUGCAUU